GACAAGAAGAGAAAGCCACCUCAUGCUUAGAUACAGUACAAACCAAGCCUUUUGCUGAGUCAUGCCACAGUGAGAAGGUCAACUUCCCCACAGAACAGGAAAUAGAGCCCACUGAUCAGACAAGUCUCAGUAUUCACACAAGUUCCAGAUCAAACCCAGGUGUGCAAGGUGCACAUGUACUUUAAGUCACAAGAACUACAGAUACAAUAUCUAACGUUGCCUCUUUGACUGGAGAGUAACCCGGGAGAUCGUUCGACUACAAAGAUGGAGGACAUAGACGCCAUGUUCACUGACCUGCUGGGAGAGAUGGACCUCCUAUCACAGAGUCUUGGGUAUGAAACGGACUCCGCAGAAGUGUCAUCCAGCAGUUCACAGAUAGAAAACAACUUCUCUAUUGGGUUCACAGAUUUGAAAGAAUCUCUAAAUGAGCUCGAGGAUCACGACCUUGACGCUCUGAUGGCUGAUCUGGGGUCAGAUUUGACGGAGACAGAGGAGACACUGAAUGCAGCCAAGAUGGGACAUGUCCACACACAACAGCACAAGUCUGGCCUCUACACCCCGCAACAACAUGUCCAAGCACCUAUCCCCUCCUCCUCCUCCUCUCUCCCUCCUGAACCCUCUGGACCACUGCUAGCGGGAGAGGCUGAAGCACAAGCCAAAGCCGACAAAAUCAAGCUGGCACUGGAGAAGCUAAAAGAAGCCAAAGUUAAGAAGUUGGUGGUCAAGGUGAUGAUGAACGAUGGCAGCUCCAAGACACUGAUGGUGGACGAGAGACAGACGGUGAGGGAUGUGCUGGAUAAUCUGUUUGAGAAGACCCACUGCGACUGCAGCGUGGACUGGAGCCUGUGUGAGACCAACCCUGAGCUGCAGGCUGAAAGGGGGUUUGAAGACCAUGAAUAUCUGGUGGAGCCUCUUUCUGCAUGGACACGAGACAGUGAAAACAAAGUCCUUUUCCUUCUGAGACCCAACAAAUAUCUCCUCUUCAAAGACCCCCAGAUAUUCUACCUAUGGAAGAAACAUAAACAAUUUAUGAAUGAGAUAAAAGAAUGCCAUAAGGAACUUCUGCUAAAGGAACAUUUUGAGGGUCCGUCUGUCAUCGUCCCAGACCUGGAGGGGCCGCUGUAUCUGAGGGAGGACAGGAAGAAAUCGUGGAAACGUCGCUACUUCCUGCUCAGAGCUUCUGGGAUAUACUAUGUGCCUAAAGGAAAGACAAAGACAUCCAGGGACCUGGCGUGCUUCCUUCAGUUUGACAAAGUCAACAUCUACACCACCACUGAUUACAAACAGAAGUACAAAGCACCCACUGACUUCUGCUUCAUCCUCAAGCAUCCUCAGAUCCAGAAGGAGUCCCAGUACAUCAGGUUCCUGUGUUGUGACGAUGAGCACACUCUCUCCCUCUGGGUCAACUCCAUCAGAGUAGCCAAGUAUGGGGCCACCCUGUAUCACAACUAUCAGAAGGCAAUGAGGAGAGCCUUAACCACCACCUCCACUCUGCAUGUGACCAGUCUGCCCUUCUCCAGCCCUCCCACACAUUCUACUGGGCACAUAGCAACAGUGAGGGCCAAUGGACAUCCUGAUCAGGACGACCUCUCUGAACCGCCCCCAGAUUUUAUUCCCCCGCCCCCUCCUGGGUGGGGCUCUGGGGUCUAGGGAUAGAGCUCCGCCCACUCACCCAUGACUUCUGUCGAGGACGUUCUCAACCUACCUACCUACAGACAGACAGGCCCAGUGUUCAUGGACCAGAGCGAUGCUUUUAAGAAAUAGCACCUCGGGAGGUGACAGGCACUGCUCCAAUACUUCAAAAUGCAUUCUUCCUUUCUUCCCUCCUUCUUUAAGUAACUGAUCUGACGAGAUAUGAUUGGACAACGCAAUGCAGUGGAGACAUUUCCAAACCAGCGACUGAUGGGAAAGGGGGGAUAACCUAGUCAGUUGCACAACUGAAUGCAUUCAACUGAAAUGUGUCUUCCGCAUUGAACCCAACCCCACGAUGCAUGUUCUUGGGUUAUUUAUGUAUAUGAAUUGUAUUAUUUAUGUAAUAAGUCAGAAUUAUUCAAACCUAAGUUAACCACAGUAAAGCCAUGUUGUAAUUGCAACCUGAUGAAGAUGUAGAGCAUGUUGGUAUGAAGCUUUAUCAACACAGACACAGACAUAAGUGGCUAAGCCCGAUCAAUUCCUAUAGUAUUUAUUACAUGCUGACGGACAGAUGGACAUCUCUUUGGCGUUGUGCUUCAUGUCUACCAUGCAAACUCCUGUUACUAUCUGUUAGUUGACAAUUAACUUUACUGUUGGUCAUUGACCUUACUUCAAUGAAAAACUGUGAUGUAGAGUUGCUAUGGAUAGUGUGUUGCAAUGAAGUGGCUAAGUCGUGUGUGUGUGUGUGUGUGUGUUUGUGUGUGUGUAUAUUGAGUCGUAUUAUUGGGUGUUAAAUUGUUUGUCAAAACGCCAUAGAAACUAAUUGGAUGUCCAAUGCUCUUAAUAAUAAGAUUCCAUUUAGAUUUAGAUUCCAUUUAGCUGACACUUUUAUCCAAAGCGACUUACAGUCACGCAUGCGUACAUUUUAAUGUACGAGUGGUCCCGGGAAUCAAACCCACUAUCUUGGUAUUGCAAGCUCCAUACUCUAUCAACUGAGAUACAGAGGACUACCACUCUUCCCUCUUCUUUAACUGUCCCAAAGAGAAAUCCCCCACCAAAGACCAGCUGCAUGUGUUGUUUCGGUGAGCUGUUUAUUACAAAAAAGACUGUACAUAAAUGUAAAUGAACACAUUAUAUAUACAAACCAGGGGCUCUAUUCGAUCCACAUCGCAGAAGUUCAGCUUUACAGCAAGAAGGCAAUGUUCUCACUUUAGCGAUGACGCCAUUCACGAUAAGCACUGCAUAUAUCGGCUCAAUCGGAGACGGCAUUCACAGCAAAACACUGCAUAUUAUCGGCUCAAUCAGAGAUUCCCUUUCAAUAUCUAUUACGGCAUUUGUAACGCUUCCGCUUUCCAGAUUGGAUAGAGCCCCAAGAGACGAGACGAGAAAUAUCACAUUCUGUUCCCAUGAACAGUCAAGUUACAGAUACACUUUUUUCCACAUUUCAUCUAAUAAAACAGACAUCAAAUCAAGGCGCAUUGUGCUGUGGAGCCCCGAAAUGUUUCACCUUUUAGUGAUAAACAUAGUGGUUGUCUAAUAAUAUUUUUAUAGGAAAAUAUAAAUAAAUCAAAAUCCAAACUGCUACCAAACCAUGACCGGCGGUCUCAGACAGAGUCUUUCAAAACAAUCAAUUGCAGUGCUGGAAAUGCUUAGGUAGAAAAAAGUUGUUUCUCACAAAAUUGACCUCUGAUGGAAGAGUUAAAAGUACAAUCAAUAACUGGAUGUAGUGGCAAAUUAUUAUUCACAAUAAAAAAAUGAAAUGUU